AUGUCGACAACCCAGUUACCGAAUAUUCCUGCUCUGCGCAAGCAUCAACUGUUUUUGGAGUUCGCAAGUCUACAACAUGCAGCCCCUCCUGGUACAUAUGUGAGCAUGACCCCGAAUGAUCCUACUCUGUGGAUUGGUGUCAUCUUUGUCCGUUCGGGUCCCUAUGCCACGGCCAUCCUCCGCUUCCAAAUUCAUUUCCCUUCUUCCUAUCCUGAUCUCCCACCCUUGGUCACCUUUGCCACCGAUGUCUUCCAUCCGCUGAUUGUGCCCCUCACUACUUAUACCUUCAGUACAAAUGCUUCUAGCGAAGACCCAGUGAGCGCGACAGACGAAGAGCGCUUACCCCCCGGUGGCUUCAGCCUUCGCCAUGGAUUUCCCCACUGGUUUGGCCGGAACAAGAGUAACGGUACCAAUUCAAAUGCCUCAUCGACUGCGGUAAGCGUGCAUGGCUCAAGUGUUGGUGAGGAGGCUGCAGCAAACAAGGAUAAGGCCGGAGAGGACCCUUCUUCGCCUACGUCGCAAUUAGAGAAUGAAGUGGAUGUCAAUAAGGGAGAGGAACCUGACGUCUCACGGUUCUCUAAACCUAUAGAAAAACCGAGUUCUGUUCCAGUAUCGGUUUUGUUGAACUAUAUCCGAUCUACGUUUGAUAACGAAACGGUUCUCGACUCUUUGCCAAUAGAAGCUGCUGGGAAUCCAAGUGCUUGGCAUGCAUGGAAAGCCCACCGAAAGGAUAUCAAUAACUCUGGUGUGAGCUAUAAUCCUAAACGAGGAAGUCCGCAGGCUCGGCUUCCCGGCGACUGGCAUUGGGAUGGAAUUUGGGCAAAGCGGGUCCAACAUGAGAUUGAGGCCAGUCAGUCGGACUCGACUCUGUUUGGAAACUCUGCUCGAGGGGGAACAGAGGACAUGGUAUGA